UCUCCAGAUUUAUUAAAUCUUGUUGAUUCAGUUUCCUCUUUCCACUCAAUCGUUCUCUGCUUACUAUUCCCGGCUGGGCUCCUUUCUUCUUCUUCUUGUUCCAAUCUCCAUAUCUUGAUUCUCCCAUCAAGUCUUCGCCUUUAAUCCUUUACCAGACAAGUCAGCUUCCAAUCAUCAAGACCCAGAUCCUCUUUUCUAUUUUUUAUUUUAUUUUAUUAUUUUUCCUCGUCGCCACUGGUUCCCUUUCGGGAGUUGUUGGGGGGGCCAAUGCAGCUGUUUUCGAUACAGAGUAACUGAUGUUCAUGAUAUGGGUUCGUUGACUCCUCGGGGAGAAGAGAUGAAGAUAAUGGCUCAAGAAGUGCAGAAUCAGCCAACGGAUGUUAGUAAUGUUUAGGAUCGAUCUGCUCCCCAAAAUAUGGAAACUAGAGGGAAUAGUAAGGAUGCAAGGCAUCUUACUGACACGGUGAUUGAGAUAAGCCUAGAAGAAACUUCAUCUUCCGGUACGCAUAUCACUAAGUCAGAAGUCAAUCAUAACGAAUCGGCCCCUGUUGAGGUGGCCCCCGAGGAGCCGGAAAUUGUUGUUACAUUUUAUCAAUUGAGGAAUGAUGAUCCAUUGAGGCAAGUAGAUCAAGGGACAAGUGGAUGUCCGACCAAUUCAGCUGAAGAAUGUGUGCCUGAUAAUUGUAUGAAGCGUAGUUUUAUGACGGAUUUGAAUAAGAAUGUGUCUGUAAAUGAAAAUGAUUCGUGCAUGACCUCCAUAAAGAGAAGUGAGACUAAUAGAAUUGUUGUUGAGGGCUGUGACGGGGAGACAGUUUGCAGGAUCUGUCACUUGAGUUCUGAGCAAUCACUUGAUAUUGAUAUGAAAGAGAGCAUUGGCAAUGCUGCUGCAUUGGAGCUGAUCCGGCUGGGUUGCGGUUGUAAAGAUGAGCUUGGGAUUGCUCAUACUCUUUGUGCCGAGGCUUGGUUUAAGCUCAAAGGGAAUAGGCUCUGUGAAAUAUGCAGUGAGACAGCCCGAAACAUCUCGGGAGUUUGGGACGACAGGUUCAUAGACAAGUGGAAUGACAGGCUGUCAAUGUCUAGCAACAUAAAUGGCCCGCCGGAACGAGGAGGUUGCUGGAGGGGGCAGCCCUUCUGCAACUUCCUGAUGGCAUGCCUUGUGAUAGCGUUCGUGCUUCCAUGGUUCUUCCGUGUUAAGAUGUUCUAGCGUUCGUGCAAAGAUAUCAUGUUACCAGAAAUAUAUAGUCAUUGUUGACAAUCCAAGAUCCAUGCCAUAGUACCGAGUAAUUCCAUGCUUCGGUUAUUUGUAUUCUGAUGUCUCAGCAUAGAGGUGCGAAUUUUGUGCUGUCUCUGGUGUAGUAGUGGGAUCCAAUCUUUCAUGCGCUCAUACUGUCAUUUACAAUUCCGUGAUAAUAGAAGCUCUGGAAGGUUUUGUUGUUCCACUUAUACGGGAAAAGGUAGGGGCUGUUUUUUGUGUUCUCUUUUUUUGAUAACGUAUACUUUGGGGAUAUCUGAGAAGAAUUCUAUAUAUAGUUGAUCGCGGUGGAAUAGUUGUGCUUAUUUGUAUCCA